CUCUUAUUGCUCCAUUGCCUUCUUAUGGAAGAGGAAGAGAAUGUACAGGUGGAAGGUACAUGAGCUUCAUCCAUGGAGAUGGUCUCCAUGAUGUCAUUAUUACUGGUGAGAAUGGGACAAUAUAUGGGCAAGGUGAUGUGUGGUGGAACAUGUGGAGACAGAGAACCUUGCAGUUCACUAGACCAAAUCUUGUUGAGUUCAAGGAUUCUAGAAGCUUCAUUAUUUCUAUUGUCAUCUUCAAGAAUUCACCUUUCUGGAACAUUCAUCCUGUAUACUGCAUUAAUGUUGUUAUCCGAAAUGUUACAAUAUUGGCUCCAUCCGACUCUCCCAACACCGAUGGAAUUGAUCCAGGUAUGUAAUAUAAAACAAUA